UGUCAAAACAUCAAAUCCCCUCAGGUUUGUUUUGAUGUUCGCAGCAGAGAGAUGAUGCUGGUUAGGCAACAAAUCGGAACCGUUUACCGGUUAGCGCGGGUUGGAAUCCGGUCGUGUAGCAGUUCCACAAAGCAGCCACCACCACCCGAAGAGGAUGAAGCCGAGGGAAGGAAGAGGAAGCCGGAAACGAAGCUGAUUCUCCGGACGGAGCUGUUUGAGCAUGUUUCGCAGAAAGACAAACGGACGUACAUCGACAUGGUGAAGGUAUUCGAGGGCCGGAGUGUCCACCGGAGGAAUCACGUCGAGUUUAUCUACGCAGCCCUAAAGCACAUGGAAGAGUUUGGCGUGCAGCGGGAUUUGGAGGUUUACAAGGCGUUGAUCAACGUGAUGCCGAAGGGCAAGUUCAUUCCGACGAAUAUCUUCCAAGCGGAAUUUAUGCACUACCCCCGCCAGCAGCAGGUCAUCAUCGAUCUGCUAGAGCAGAUGGAGGACAACGGCGUGAUGCCGGACUACGAGAUGGAAUCAAUGCUGAUCAACGUGUUUGGCAAGAAGGGACAUCCGGUGCGAAAGUAUUGGCGCAUGAUGUAUUGGAUGCCAAAGUUUAAGAACCUCUCUCCCUGGCCACUGCCGAACCCGGUACCAGAUGAGUCGCUAGACCUGGCGAAACUGGCCAUCGAACGGAUGUGUUCGAUCGAUUUGCUGUCGCAGAUUUCGCUAUUUGAUACGAAGGACGUCGCGGACGCGUUGGAUCAAACCUGGAUCGUCAGUGGACAGAGCUCGGAGCAGUCGGAACUGCUGGCUCGACAUCAGCAAAAGCCGGUGUUUAUUGAGGGACCGUUUGUGAUCUGGUUGCGAAACAGAUCGAUCAACUAUUUUUUGCUGAAAAGUGAAUCGAAUCCGCCAGCGCCGCAGGAUGAUGAAGAUCAGGAUGACGUCCGCAACCUGCGCAUGCCAUUCGUGGGCAUCGGAAUGACGCACACCCAUCAGCCGCCCAAAGCGCACCAGGUCGGCUUCCGGCGCUCCGUCCACGAACAGGAGGACGGAACCAUCUUUGCCAUCUGCUGCACCGGUUCGUCCACCAAGGAUUCACUGCUGUCGUGGGUCCGCCUGCUCGAACGCCACGGCAAUCCGUGUCUUGCCCAGAUGCCGGUGCUGUUCAAGUUUACCUCGCACGUGCCCGACCAGCUCAAGGUGGCCGCCUCCAGCGAAGAGGGACAGCAGAUUGGGUCGUCGUGAGGGGGAUAUUUUUAGGAGAAAUAUAUUAAUUUGUUGACCACGAA